UUACAACAAUUUAUGUAAAAAUAAAUUAAUUUUUUUCGAAUUCACCUUAGGCGAAUAUUACCGUUAAAGGGUGUAAAUUCAUAAUAGGGCAACAUUGUCGACAGCAAACUAAAUAAUUUUAUUGUUUACAUACAUACAUAUAAAUAUCUCAGAACAAAGUCACCGAAAUGCCAUCAAAAAAGGAGGAUAACAACAAUUACCCGGUAUAUAUAGUAUUAGGCUCCGGUGGACAUACCGCAGAAAUGUGUACUAUAAAUAUGGCACUUUUGAAUUCAGGGAGAGGUAGGUCAAUAUAUAAUCCUCUUCGCUAUAUUAUAGCCAACGACGAUAUAACUUCCCGGAGCAGAAUAACUAGUGCCAUGCAGAGGGUUGGUGUAUCUUUAGACGAUACCUCCUUUAUUUAUGUACCUCGCAGUCGCAAGGUCGGUCAGAGCUAUUUUAGCAGUGUAUUUACAACACUAUGGGCAUUGAUAUGGAGUUUCUGGCUAGUAUGGCGCGACCAACCUAAGCUACUACUGUGCAAUGGACCUGGAACUUGUUUGCCAUUUUGCAUUGCAACGUACAUAUGGAAAAGACUGGGCCGACUACAUUCCAACACCAAGAUCGUAUUCGUUGAAAGUUGGUGUAGGGUGCGGACUCUAUCACUCAGUGGGAAACUACUUCGUCCAUUCCUUGAUUUAUUGGUCGUACAAUGGCCUGCUCUGGCUGAAAAAUAUAAAAAUGCUUAUAAUGUUAAAUACUUUGGUAAAAUUAUGUAAAGAAAUUUUAUUUUAUGGAAAUGAAUGUCAAGGCUGUAAUAAUUAUGUAUGAUGAACUUAGCACACUGAGCAACGAAAAUACAUUGUAAUUUUUAUAAAAUA